AUGAGGACCUUUGCCACUCUCGCCUGUACUCUCGCUGCCCUUUCCCAAUGUGCUUUUGCUGCCUUCAAAGAAGGGACCUACACAAUCGGAUCUGCUGCCCUUGACUCUCAACUUCUGACCGACGUUGCUGCCGACGAGCCUGUUGUUUUUCAGGACGCAGACGGAACCCCACCUCAAACCUGGUUCUUCGCUCCCGAUCAAGUUGUGAAAGAUGCAUUCACAAUUACAAGUACCCUUGGUGGUUCGCUUAACUGUGGUGAAGCCGAGGGCUCUGUUUGUGUAGCUGGAAGCAACGAGACACAGGUUUAUACCCCGGAGAAAGUUUCCAACACCGCGUAUCAGCUUGUUUCACGAGACUCCGGGUACUUCUUGCGUGCUGAAAAUGGCCAAUUGGUUGUUGCCGGGUGGGACCAGACCCCGGAAGAAGAGUUUAUCUUGACUCAAGCUUAA